AGAAAUGGAGGAAAACAUUAAGAAGGAACAAGAGGAGAGACGAAAAGAAAAGCAAACGAGAGAAGAAGAAGACAGGAAGAGAAAACAGCAGGAAGAAGUUCAACGACUGGAGUGGGAAGAGAAACUUAAAGCUUUGGAGAGAAAGAUAAAGUUAGAAUCAGAGGCAAAAGAAACCAUUGUGAGACAGCUGGAAGAAGCAAGAGAAAAGAUGAGAGAAGAAAGAGAGAGUCAGGAGAAACAACAAAAUGAGUGGUGGGAAAAACGAAAUCAAGAAGAGGAACAGAGACGACAGGUGGAAAGAGCAAGAUUCAGAAAACUCCAAGAAGAGUUUGAACAGGAAAGAGAAAUCUAUGAGAAGAAAAGAAAGGAAAGAAGACAGGAAGAAGAGGAAGAGGAAAAAGAGAAGAAAGCCAUUGAGAAGGUUAAGAAAGAAUUUGAGAAUCUGAUAAAGAAUUAUGAAGAAGAAGCCAGAAAGAAAGCUGAAGAGAUGAGAGAGAAAGAUGAGAAAUACAGAAAGGAAUCAGCGGCUCAGAAGGAAGAGUACCAGAAACAAAUGAGAGACAAAGAUGAGAAAUAUGACCUCUUGAAGGCGCUCAAUGACCACAAUGAAGAGGAAAUGAAGAAACAUCAACAACAUGUUUGUGACAUCGUGAAAUGUGUGACCAAUAACAAGGACAACCUGAAUGAAAUCAGUGAGUUGCUGAGAAAACAGGAAGAAGAAAUGAAAAAGCAGGAAACUGAGGAGGCAAAGAAAAGUCUGCAGAACAGACAUGAAAAAGAAAUGGACGACCUGUUAAAGAAACUUUUGAAUCAAGCUGACAGCUCAUGGUGGACAGUCUUUAAAAACUUUUUGGGGUUUGAGUAACUGAAACUAAAAAAGUAUCAGACGUACUGUGGUUGUUUUUUAGUGGACUUCACAGAACACCACGACCACAGAAAUACUUCUGAUGGCCAUUUGUGUAAAUCUGCUCUCUGCAAUAUGACGCCACAGGUAACCAAAGCAACAGGCGACAGGAAAACUAAAGACUCUCUACAUCUAAGGAGAAGACAAGCAGCUCACCUCAGAGGAGGUGGUUUAAACAAUGUGGUGCUGGAACAAAGUUAAUCCAAAGAAUGAACCUUUAUCUAACAUGAGUUUCUGACAUCAAGUUGUCUCAUCACAGUUAUCUGUAGGGGGAUGUUAUAUCUGAAGCUGAAAAACAUUACUGAUAAACACAAACACAGACACAGAUGUUGUUAUACUCAGUGAACCAUUGAAGAUGCGAGCUCUGUCUUAGCAGCUUGAAGAUUUAACACAGUUAACAGCCUGUCUUCUCUUGGUGAGGAUGUCUGUAAGGAUGUGUUGGUCAAGUUGUUUUCAGUCUGUGAACAAUCCAUGUUUAUUAUCUUUUUAUCUACUGGUGUGCUGAGAUACAGAGCAAGAGCUGAUCUAACCCAGAGGAAAAUUUUUACUGCUCAAGGCUUUCUCUUCUAAGUCUCUGGAGACAAAAUUGAGAUUCUCACUUCAGCCUCA